GUGAGCUUCUUCUUCUUCCACCCUGACACACACACACACACCAGCCUCCUGUCUCUGCACUGAGGACACCCCGGGGUGUGUGUGAGAGAGACAGAGUGUGUCCAACUUUUUGUGCUGGAUCUUUAAUCCCCUUUCAUCCCCUCAGUUAGCCUCUCCUCCUCGUCCCAGCCGGGAAGCAAACAUGACAGACUCGUCAACCAACAUGCGGCUGAAACUGCCGAUCAUUUGCUUCAUCCUGGAGAUCAUCCUCAUCAUCCUCUUCGGUGUUCUGGUGCAGUACGACCAUGAGACGGACGCCAGGGAAUGGCAUAACAAGAACCACUCAGAGUAUGAGAACGACUUCUACUACCGUUACCCAAGUUUCCAGGACGUGCAUGUGAUGAUCUUCAUCGGCUUUGGCUUCCUAAUGACCUUCCUGCAGCGCUAUGGCUUCAGCAGCGUGGGCUUCAACUUCCUGAUCGCAGCCUUCUCCAUACAGUGGGCCACGCUCAUGCAGGGCUUCUUCCAUGGUAUGCAUGGAGGCAAGAUCCACAUCGGGGUGGAGAGUAUGAUUAAUGCUGACUUCUGCACUGGCGCUGUGCUCAUCUCAUUUGGAGCCGUUUUGGGUAAAACCAGCCCUGUCCAGCUGCUGGUCAUGGCGAUUUUGGAGGUCACACUGUUUGCUGUCAAUGAGUUUGUCCUGCUAUCCGCACUGGGGGCCAAGGAUGCCGGAGGCUCCAUGACCAUCCACACGUUUGGAGCCUACUUUGGCCUUAUGGUGACCCGAAUCCUGUACCGGCCCAACCUGGAUAAGAGCAAACACAGGAACAGCUCAGUCUACCAUUCUGACCUGUUCGCUAUGAUCGGUACCAUCUACCUGUGGAUGUUCUGGCCCAGCUUCAACUCUGCCGUCACAGCUCAUGGAGACGACCAGCACCGCACAGCCAUGAACACCUACUACUCCCUGGCAGCCUGCACUCUAUCCACAUACGGCAUGUCCGCCCUCACAGCACACGAUGGCAAGCUGGACAUGGUCCACAUCCAAAACGCUGCCCUGGCCGGUGGAGUCGCAGCAGGAACAGCUGGUGAAAUGAUGCUGACGCCUUACGGCUCCAUGAUUGUUGGUUUCCUGGCCGGCAUCAUCUCUGUUCUGGGCUUCAAGUACCUCUCACCCAUCCUGGAGGAAAAACUGAAGAUCCAAGACACCUGCGGGGUUCACAACCUACACGGCAUGCCCGGCGUCCUGGGUGCUAUUGUGGGAGCGGUGACUGCCGCCGUGGCAACCACAGACGUUUAUGGAAAAGGUAUGGCAGACGUGUUCCCUGAUGUGGCAAGUGGAGAUAUCCAAGCGUCUUACCAGGGCGUCCGUCAGGCCAUUUCCCUUGCCGUCACCCUCGGCGUCGCCCUGGGGGGAGGGCUUCUUACCGGUUUCAUUUUGAAGCUUCCCGUCUUCGGCGCUCCUCCUGACACCAUCUGCUACGAGGACAGCAUCUACUGGGAGGUGCCUGGAGACGAGGAGGGUCACGAGGAACAGUUGACCGCCGUGAACACGGCAGAGACUGAGAAGCUCAACAGUUAGACACACACACAGAGACAGAAUCUCUCUCUCUCUCUCUCUCUCUCUCUCUCUCUCACAGACACACACACACUCACACACACACACACACACACACACACACACACACACGCACACACACACACACACGCACACACACACACACAAAGAGGUUUUAACAUCCUAGCACUUGAGUAUUACACCCUUUAGGUUGUAAAAUGUACCUGCAUCGUGUUCAUGUCAACUGCCAAAUGUCUGUUUUUAAUGUGUAAAAACUCAAAUUCACAUUUGUAUCCUGCAGAAACAAAAAAAAAAAAGAAAUCUCUCUUACAGUGUAUAGGUUAUUGACAGCUGUGCCCACUAGAGGUCGAUGUAGAGCUGUGUCACUCUGCGCUACAGGCCUGUGAAAAGACUGCAUUGGGAAAUGAUGUGUCUAUUUGAUGAAAGAUGCUGUCUAAUUGUCCCCUAAACCAGGCCAAGACACGGUUACAGAAUUUAAUUUCAGCAGCCGGUUCAAACCAAAGACAAACAGACUCCUUCAGAGCCAGAAGCCUCCAUUCAGUAGAGACGGCCUAACUGAGUCUUGGGAAAUCUAACAUUUAAAGAUUGGUUACAUUUUCAGUGCAAACCAAUUAUGUUUUUACUAUUUCCUUUAUUUUAAAUAAAGGAUGGAAAAGAGGCACAAUGAUGGGUUUUUUAUACUUGUAUUAUCUCCUAAUACUUUAGGUUUGGGAUUUUAUUUUUCAUAUUAAAAUGUAUAUGAUUAGUUAGAAUAGAAAUGUCACUGUUGGUUCAGUUAUGUACCUUUUAUAUUUGUAUGUUGGACCUUUAAGGAAAAGGUUUAAAACGAUUAGAUGAAAGCUGCAUUCACAGUUUGAAACAUCAUUAUCAUCAAUUUAUGUGAGUUGAAAGUCUUUUGAAAGAGAAUAUUUGAUACAUUUUUGGCAAAAUAAUUUGUUGAAGUGUGUUGUGUCUCAUUUAAUAUCCAAUAUUAAAGUGUAUAUAUUGUAAUAUGAUGAGGGAUAAAGGAAAAGUUGAAUAAAAAUCAUCCAGUCGGUGAUAAACGUUCUCCUUUUAAUUACAAAUCUUGUCUCACAAUCAUUAAAGUCAGAACAUUUUCUUCAGUACCAGAAGUAAAGUUUCCAGUGCAAACAGGAACUGAUGCAGCAUACAGUACCUUUUCAUGCUGCAGAUUCACCAAAAUGCAAACUGAUUUGGAGCGACAGCUACUUUGCUGCCUCCAAGGCAACAACACUUUGGGAUUGCAUCAUCAAUUCUAUGUGAAUUGUUUUGAAACACAAUAUUUGAUUAACUUUUGGCAAAAUAAAUUGUUGGAGUUU